AUGGCAGUUACGAAGCAGGCAUUCAGCAAGGACGAAAAGUAUACCCUGUACAAGCUCACCAACGCCAGCGGCACCGAGCUCCACGUAACCACCUUUGGUGCCCGCCUCGUGCGCUUCAUCAUCAAGGACAAGACCGACACUGCACGCGACGUAGUUGCGGGCUUUGAGAGCUACGAGAAGUGGAUCGAAUCGCUCGCCAUCGACGACCCGUACUUUGGUGCCACUGUGGGCCGCGUGGCGGGCCGUAUCUACCCGUGCGACGAUGUAACCGUGGCCAACCAGAAGCUCUCGCUGCCCGAGAUCCAGCCCAACAAAGUAUGCCUGCACGGCGGCAAGAUCGGCUUCGACAAGAAGCUGUUUUCCGCCGAGGUCCUUUCAGAGUCCAGCCCAUCCAGCGUCAGGUUCACGUAUGUGUCGCCGGACGGCGAAGAGGGCUUCCCAGGCGAGGUCGAGUUUUCUGUCACUUACUCGCUCUCCGAGGACAACGCAAUGACGCUAACGUAUGGCGGCCGGCUGCUGGACGGCACCGAGACGAUCCUGAACCCGACCAACCACACGUACUGGAACCUGACAGGCUUUGAGGAGCCCACCAUCCAUAACCACAUGUGCAGUCUGACCGCCGACCGCUACAUGGCGACGCGCCCUGACCACAUUAUGGUUCCCACUGGCGAGUGUGCCCCAGUGAAGGGCACGAACCUGGACUUUGUCACGGCGCCGCGCCGCUUCGGCGACGACAUCGAGACCUUUGACAAGGACACGCUGCGCGGAUACGAUCAUGUGUUUGUUGCCAGCGAUAAGCCCACCGAGAGCGUGCACGAGGUCGCCCGGCUGUGGAGCGACAAGACCGGUCUGCAGAUGACCGUGCUGACGGAUCAGCCGUGCGUGGUCGUGUAUACAGGCAAUUGGAUCUCGGAUAAGCUGAUCGGAAAGGACGGUGUCAAGUACGGCAACUAUGCUGCUGUUGCGUUGGAGACCCAGCGCUUUACCAAUGCCGUCAACCUGCCGCAGUUCCGCGACCAGGUCGUGCUGCAUCCUGGCGACAACUUUACGCAUACGGCCACGUACAAGUUUAACCUGCUUGCCUAA